UGAAUAAUGUUGGAACAGUCGCGUGUGUGACUACCGACCGCGCAGAUACCCUCGGCUCUAACGGGAAAAGUGACGCUUUAUAAGGAUGGUACGAAGGAAUAUUCAGAGAGGACACGUGCAAGUUCUCCCAGAGCGCGGUCCUGUGGCAGCUCUGAUAUACUGGCGCGAUCCAAAAAAAUCGGGAAUCGUGUUCGGCACGAUACUAGGUGUGCUUCUGUCAUUGGCCUAUUUCAGUCUGAUUAGCGUGCUGGCUUACAUGUCACUUCUCGCCCUUAGCGGAACUAUUCUUUUCCGUAUCUAUAAAACUGUUCUUCAAGCAGUUCAGAAGACUUCAGACGGCCAUCCAUUCAAGGACAUUCUUGAUCUGGAUUUGGCAUUACCAGCUGAGAAAGUGCACGAAGUCGCAGACGUCGCGGUUGCACAUGCUAAUGCUGCUGUUAGUGAACUGCGCAGACUUUUCCUCGUUGAAGAUUUCGUCGAUUCUCUCAAAUUUGGCGUUUUGCUAUGGUGUCUCACUUACGUGGGUUCUUGGUUCAAUGGCAUGACUCUCAUUAUAAUCGGAGUGGUUGCUCUUUUUACGCUGCCUAAGGUUUACGAAACAAACCAGGAGCAGAUCGAUCAGAAUUUAGCUUUGGUACAGGCGAAGAUCAAUGAAAUUACCGCCAAGUAAGUUGAGCGGAGAUUUACUUAAUUU